AGUCGAAGAGGAAGAGAGAAGCCCCGCGGUAGAGCCGAUAGUCGAUAAUCGCCUCUGCUCCACGGUGCCUCGGUCCCGUGUCGUUGCGCCAGCCGCCGAUCGCUCGACGAGUCCGAGAGGAUGAUCCGCGUGGACGAGACCGACCCCGUCGGCGAGAUAGAACCGAGCUUCCCCUACAGAGACGUAACUGUGCGAAAGGGCGUAGAAUUCAAGAAGCACUAUGACAUCCAGUCCGAGAUUGGCAGAGGCAAGUUUGGCACCGUUUACCGCUGCAAGGAGAAGAAGACCGGCCUGACUUUGGCAGCCAAGGUGGUUAAUACGACCCGGAAGGAGGACAGACGCGCCGUCGAGCGCGAGGUCGAGAUCAUGAGGAGACUGCAGCAUCCCAGGCUGAUACAGCUGUACGACGCCAUCGAGAACGGCAAGCAGAUCUACGUGGUGCUCGAGUUAAUCGAAGGCGGCGAAUUAUUCGAGAGAGUCAUAGACGACGAUUUCGUAUUGACGGAGAGAAGUUGCGCAGUCUUUAUGCGACAAAUUUGCGAGGGAAUAGAAUUCGUACAUUCUCAAAACAUUCUGCAUCUGGAUAUGAAGCCGGAAAAUAUAUUGUGCCUGACGAAAGAGGGAAAUCGCAUCAAGAUAAUCGACUUUGGACUCGCAAGGGAAUGGGAUCCAAAGAAAAAACUUCAAGUUCUUUUCGGGACACCGGAAUUCGUAGCUCCGGAAGUCGUAAAUUUCGAUCAAAUUGGAUUUGGCACAGACAUGUGGAGCAUUGGAGUUAUCUGUUACGUUUUAUUGUCGGGUCUAUCGCCAUUCAUGGGUGACACGGACGUGGAGACGAUGGCAAACGUAACGAUCGCCAAAUACGACUUUGACCACGAAGCCUUCGCCGAUAUCUCGGAGAACGCCAAGGACUUCAUCAGAUGCCUCCUAGUCAAAGACAUAUCAAAACGAGCGAGCGCCAGGCAGUGCCGCGGCCACCGCUGGCUCGCCCGGAAGCCCGGGCGGCCGGCCCCGAGGCUUCCGCCGGCCCCCGACCCUGGCGCCCGCCUCGAGCUUGACGUCGCCAAGGACAACCUGCGGCUGUUCGUGGAACGGUGGCGCGAGCACCCGGACAGCCCAUACGGCACCGAGAGCGCACCCCUCGAGCGACGCUCCUCCCGCGAGUCGGCCUCCCUCAGGGCCCAGAGCCCCUCGCCAUGCGGCAGCCUCUGCAGCGGCUCCAGCGGGCCCGAGUCCCCGGGGCCCGAGGGCCCGCCGAUCCUCCUUGAGCGGCGCGCCUCCGAGGGCGGUAGAGCCGGGGAGGGACCGAGGCUCGACCCCGCGGCCCAGAUGCUCCUCGCCGAGGAGAUCGUCCGGCUCUCGGAGCACCUGCGGGCCGUGGCCGUGGCUGAGGCCGCGGGGCCCGCCGAGCUCUCGGAGACGUUCUCGGGCUUGGCGAGGCAGCGCCGGCUACUGGGCGCGAGCCUGGGCGAGCGGCGGCCGCGGGACCCGGAGCCCCGGCCCAUGGAGCCGGAUCUGACGCCGGCCUGGCGGCGGGCGCGAGCCAAGCGCCGCUUCGGCGAGACCUGCCGGGACGUGCCGCGGAUCGCGACGCUGCGCAAUCUGCACAAGGGUGUGAGCCUCGAGGAGCCCGCCGGGGCCAAGAACCUCCUGCUCCAGCUGAUCGACGAGUGGGGGGAGCUGCGCCGGCCAGGUGGCGCCGGAGCCGGUAGGAAGAGGGAGUCGGUCGCCCGCAAGUCCAUCAGCUCCCUCGCCGAGUACUUCAGGGCCGAGCAGCGGAAGGUGCAUCGCUGAGCCCGGAUACGAGGACGGAGCCGACAUUCCUCACCCGACACCCGAUCCAGACCCGAGUCGACGCCAAGGAAAUAAUAGUCGACGCGCGCGUAGCCGGCCUCGGUUAAGCCCCAAUAACCCCAAUAAUCCUGAUAAUCCCGAGAACUCUGACCCUGUCAAACCAUCCCA